AUGGUUGGCUACUUUGCGCUGUGCGUGCCCUCCGGCCUGUCCCUGUACUACCUAUCCAACACGGUGCUGACCUCCGGCCAGCAGAUCUUCCUGCGCAAGCUGGGCGGCGCGCGCCUGACCGAGCUGGACCUGGGCCCGCUGGAGCUGGGCACGGCGCGGCGCUCCGGUACUGCAGCGGUACUGGACCUGGCGGGCAUGGCCCAGGACACGCACCACUCCGCCGACGGGUCGGGAGUGCUGCAGGCCGUGGGGGCCGCGGCCGACGCGUUCAACGUCAUGGAGGACGCCUCGCCCCAGCUCAUCGCCGCGCUGAGCGAGGAGGAGGAGGAAAGGGAGGCGCGGGCAGAGGCGGCGCCGGCGCUGAACAGGCGGUGCAAGCGCAGGCGCUUGCCCGUCGCGUGA